UUUCUGGCACGAGGGCCGAGCCAGUACUUGAGAAAUUAUUUUCGGAUUCAAAUUUUUAAACCAAGGAGGAAUGCGUUUUGUGGACGAUCUGACGUAAUCACCCCCCGCUCUCGUUCUCAGCUGAGAGUCUAUUGGUGGGCUGUCGUCUCGCGAUGCUUGUGUAACCAAUUGCAGCGUAGCAACCGCGAGUUAAACCGAGCUUUGUUUUCCCUGUCGGCAGUCGAGCGACGUGUGUUGCUUUUGGAUUGUGUCGCUUCGGCUGAGCGCUGUCCUCUUACAGUAGUUUAAUAAAGUCAGCAGCGAGAAACUGCCGUUGACUUGAACCCGGUCGAGGCUUCGAAAUGGAAAACGUCGCAGUUUCCAAACGAAACCGCACCUUUAAGAAAGCAAACAAGGAAAACACCCAGUCUUCAAAUGGAAGCAAGUGCUCCAUCAGAAGAGACAAAACAUCCGCUGCGCCCUUCCAACUGACCAAUAUAAAAAAUGAGGAUACCAAACACGGUCCCCUUAAACCCAAAGCGGACCCCCAGUCCACAUCUGGGGAGGCUCUGAAAAGGGGGAAGGCGGCGCAGAAGGAGGCUAAAAGAGUCGCUUCUAGUGUCAAACCACGUCAGACACACAGCCGGGCCUUCCUCUGCCAGCAGACUGUGAAACACAAAGCAGAAGUUGCAAAAGUUGCAGAAGCUCCAAAGCCACUGGCCGCUGGGCCGCCAUCAAAAUCUGCUCUCGGCAUGUACCGAGGCAAGAUUGUGCAGUCAAAAAUUGGAUCCAUUUGGAAGCCAACCGCUGGUGGAGCAGACCUCAAAGCGGGGGAUCAAAAUGUGAUGAGACGCAGGUCCAAGUCGCUCGCUGACCUGCAGACGAGCUCCAGGUCAGCGAUGGAUAGACCGCCUCAGGUGACCAAGCCCGCUGUCGUCAGCCGUCCUGCUGGAGUCCAGACUGCUCGCCGUCCUGCCAGAGUCGUCUCCGAAACACUCGCCAGCUCCAGAAACGCCAACGUGGCUCCCGUCCAGGGAGGUGGGACUUGCAGAUCAAAGCCAAAGAUGCUGGCAACAAACAGGCAGGUCAACAAACCGCCUGUCUCAAGUGCCCGCAGUCAGUACAGAUUCACCAUGGAGAAUGCCGAGGAGAGGAGAGCGAAACUGGCCGAUUGGCUGGCCUCCAAGGGCAAGACCUUCAAGAGACCAGCAGCGGCGGCCGCGGAAACCUCUAAAACCAGAGGCCCCGCGAAAGCUAACGUAGAUCUAAAUCCUCAGGCUCGGCCGGCUGCACGGAGACAGCCUGAAGCCCGACUGGUAGCUUGCAAGCCAGAGUCUGAGGGGGCUUCGUUAGAAACGCAAAGCCAAACGGCACCGGCGAUCAUGAACAUCACUCUGGACCUGCUCGAAAACUCUGACGUUGACCCGCAGGACAGCGUGGAUGAUAUCGUGGUAAACCUUUGUGAUGUUUUGGAAGCCCUGGCGAUGCCCUCAGGCUCUGAAGAGCUUUCACAGGCGACGAAUGUUAGCAGCGAUGCACAAAUGGAGGACAGCAAACCACAUUCUGAGUGCAUCGUAGACGGGGCGCAGCAGCAGAUGUCUGAGACCGUUGCACAAGUGAAGGAUGGAGUAGAGGAAAGUGAGGAAGGAGAGAGCGACGAGGAGUGCGUGAUGGCGACCUCGCCACAGAUGGCAGGCGCUUCAGUGAUAAAGUACAGUGUGAAGACCACCCCAUACCUGCAGAGUGUCAAGAGGACAAUUGAAGAGGAGGCCAGCACAAGCAGGUCCAGGAGAAAGAGCAGCAUUAAAGAUCUGAAGUUCCUCACACCGGUUCGCCGGUCCUGCCGCAUCGAGCGGAACGCCUCCCGCCUGCCCCCGAUGCUGGUGGAUCCGGAUCCUUGCGUGUCGUCCUUGGCUGAGCUGCUGAAGCUGGACGACAAUCCCAACGCCUACAUCUACAGAAAAAACCACGCCCUCCCAGAGGAGCAGGCGGACCGGACGGCGGGGGGCUCCGGAAAUGUUUAAAACAAAUCUUAAAUGUACGAGACCACAGCUAAUGGACACUUUACUAAUGUUGAAAAGCAGUUUAAUAAUUAAAUGUUAUUGUAUUGGGAGGGAAACAUUAUUCCGGUCUAGCGAUUGCGUUUAGACUGUCCCUUAAUACUAAUCAUUUUAAUAUAACUUGAUGACUUUUGUAUUGUCUAUUGUAAUAUCUUUAUCCUACACAUGACAUACUGUAGAUAUAUGAAUAACACAUUGAGCAAGAACACUGAAUAAAGCAAAGGAACCAUA